AUGCGAGUGGGCCCCCGCAACUCCUGGACGCCGGAGCAGCGGAUAGCCGACAUGGACUCGUUGGGAGUCGACGUGCACGUGGUUUCCACCUUCAGCUUUUACUAUUAUUACGAACGCGACCCUCAGGUCAUCCUGCCCAUGCAUAGGGAGUGCAACGACGAGGUCUACCAAAUGACGGUGGACCAUCCGGACCGCUUCAAGGGCAUGGCGAUCAUCCCUAUGCAAGACGUCAAAUUGGCUGUGCAGGAAUUAGACCGAUGCGUUAACGGGAUGGGUUUCGUCGGGGCCAUGAUUGACGACCACGUAAACGGCAAGACCUACGACGAUCCCGAAUUCCUGCCCCUCUGGAAGGCCGCGGAAGAAAUGGGCGCCGUGAUGCUGGUGCACCAGCAGGGAGGACAGACCCUGGUGCGGGACCGCAACCCUAACUAUCACCUGCACAACACCAUCGGUAACCUGGUGGACCGGGCUGUUACAUUCGCGUCUUUCGUAUUUGGCGGCGUCAUGGAUGCCUGUCCUGACCUAAGGGUAUGCCUCUGCCACGGGGGUGGCUACACUUGCUUCGGCGCAGGCCGAAUGGAUCGGGGUUGGCAGGUACGUUCCGAGGCACGUGUGAAUAUUAACCAGCCGCCCAGCUCGUACCUCGACAGGUUCUACUACGAUUGUUUGACUCACAGCGAGCCGGCCCUGCGAAUGCUUAUCGACGCGGUGGGCAUCGACAAGGUCUUAUUCGGCACCGAUUGGCCUGCUGACAUGGCCAUUGACUGGCCCGUUUCCUGGGUUUUGGGGCUUGAAAGCCUGACCAUGGAGGAAAAGGAAGCCAUCCUCUACAAGAACAUGGAACGAUUGCUCGGCAUUUAA